CAUAACCGAUACUUUCAUAGACAAAUAGGCAAUCUUAGUUUAUGGAAUCACAAUAACAAAGAAAGGAUUUGAUACCUUUUCGUGUCGGCUAGUCAUCAUCUAUCCUAUCAAAAAGAAACCCUCAAGAAACCUCCUCAUUCAUCAUCACUCAAACCUUAUAACUAUAACCCUUCUCCAUCAUCACCACCACCACCUCAAACUAGAUCCAUCAUAUCAUAAUUGACUCAACAAAAUGGGUAAUUGCGUAUUCAAAGGCUUCCAUCAUGGAGAUUUUGAAGACACCAUGGUAAGAAUCGUAGCAUCAAAUGGAGGCAUCAUGGAACUUUACUCUCCCAUAACGGUGGAAUCCAUAACCAACGAGUUUCCACAUCACGGAAUUUUCAAAAACAAUUGCAACAAACUCUCUAAACCACUCAUGAAAAACGAAGAGCUUCAAGGUGGUGGAGUUUACUAUCUUCUCCCUCUCAAAAACAUCACCAACAAACAAUUUGGUGAGACAUUCGAAACGUUAACUCCGUAUCGAAUGUCCACGUGUGACAGGAGUACCAGCAACAACAAUAGUGGCAAUAUCUGGUCGGAACAUGAAGUGUUUCCGAGGUACAAUAGUAGUGGGGUGUGGAAGGUGAAGCUGGUGAUCAGUCCGGAGAAGUUGUCGGAGAUUUUGUCGCAGGAGUCGAGGACGGAGGCGUUGAUUGAGAGUGUAAGGACGGUGGCUAAGUGCGGUAAUGGGGCGGCGCCGUCGUCCGUGGCAAACUCUGAUCAAUGGAGCGUGUCCAGUAGUUUUAAAGGUUCCAGUUUAUUAGACAAGUUCAAUUUAGAAUCUUCAAGUACAAAUUAGUUUUUUUUUUCCUUUUGUUAAUUUAUUCAUAAGUAGUAAUCAAGAUUUAUUUUCUCCAUUUGUUUUGUUAGAUGUUAAUUACGUAGUACUUUUUUUAAUGAUGUUAAUUAUUUCCUUUAAAAUUUUAGUUGUCGUGUGUAUAUAUGUGAACGGAUAUAUAUUAAUUUUACCUUUGGUUA